UAAAUAAUGAAUAUUUCAGGUACAUUGAGAAAAAAUUUGAGUCUUUAAAACGACAACUGGCUAUAUAUCACGUUCUUAAAGAUAACAAUCUAUAUUUUAAUAACAGAGAUAUUAACUUUAUACGGAUUAUAUUAUAUUUUAAAAAAGGAAACUUUUGAUUUAAGUUAUGCGAAUACGUCAUCCAAGACUCGACAGUCCAAUUCAAUCACCAUCAACAACGAAUGAAAUGAGAAAACAUUUACUUAAUUCAUCACAGGGAACUUCUAUCAAAAUAUCUGAUUCACAACAAUGUAAAUCAAGACAAAGUUCACCUCGUUUAUCUUCAACCGAUGGUCAUGUAUCAUCUAUUUCUGGUAUGUCAGAAUUAUGUGAUGAUCCAACUAAUACAUAUCUUAAUCCGGAUUUCAAUGAUCCACAACUAAUGACAAAAUGUGAUUCAGCUGGUCCAAGUCCUUUGGCUAUGUUAGCUCGUACUUGUCAAAAUAUUGGUAACAUAAUGGAUUGUGGAAAUUCUUCUAACAGAUUUUUAUCAUCUAAUUCAAAUUCUAUACGAAAACAAUCAACUGUCAGUUCAAUUCCUGUCACAAAUGGUAGAAUUAUCAGUAGUAGUAAUAAUAACAGUAAUAAUAGUAAUAUUACAAAAUCAAAUAAGCCAAAAGCAAUGAAUUUAAAUGAAGUAAUAUCAUCGUCUUUUAAUAGGCGAAAUACAACCUCAAAAUACUUAUCUUCAAAUGAUACAUCCAGGUUGAACUUUUCCAAUACUGCUGGAGGUGCAGGUACUGAUCUAAAUAAUUCUGUUACUAAUACUACCGGUAAAACAACUCGUAAUAAUAAUACUAAUACUACUACUAAUAAUAAUAAUGACUCAGUAGUCAGUUCAUUAACAUUAAAUCAUAAUACUACUAGACAACUAUCCCCUAUUUCUAUACCAUCCACUUUAUUUUCACAAGUUAAUACAACAAAAACUGAAUCUAAUUUAACAUUUAACAAUCACUUCCUUAAAUCUGAUGAUUUACAUCAAACAUCUAAUGCUCUUGCUCAAUUAGCUCGUUUAUCAUCAAGUUUUUCAUUGCCUGAAACACCAAAAUUAAAUUUUACAUGUUUUAAAAAUUCUAAUAAUGUAAUGAACAAUCGAAAUGUAUGGAAUGAUAUUAGAAAUAGUACUGAUACUACUACUACUAAUAAUAAUAAUAAUACACAACACGAUCCAAAUUCAUUGAAACGAAUCAAACGACGUACCAAUUCAAAUUCUAAAUUCUCCAAUACAUCAGAUGAAUGUCAUUCACCACCUUCAGCUAAAAGAAGUACAAAAGAUAAUCAUUUAUCAUUCUUUAUGCAUUCAAUGAAUAAUUAUACCAAUAGUCAUGAUUCUACUCAUUCAAAUGAUACUACUAAUAUGAGUAUCUCAUCUAAUAUGACAACUAAUAUUAUGAAUAAUCGUACACAAUCCCCUAAUUGUACUACCUUCUUGUCAACUAAUGAACCAUCAUUUGAAUAUAAAGAAACUGGAAGUAUCAUAACAAAUAAAGAUACACAAGAAAAAUUCUCUUAUCAAUUAGCUCGUAGUUUUUUAGAUUUUUUCUAUGGAAAAUUAGUUAAUUCUAUAAAUUCUGAUUCCAAUAAUUUUUCUUCUACAACAACAAAUACUACUCAUAAUACUACUAAUAAUACUACUACUAAUACAACUACUAAUAAUAUCCUCAAUAACAAUAAUAAUCAUACAUUAUUCAAAGAAGAUCAGAAUGAAUCUAUAAAUCCUUUAUGUUUAAAUAAUGAACGACGAACAUUAGAAUGGUUAACUAAUACAAAUCUAAUACAUCGACAACAAACAAUGGAACAAUUGGAUUCUACAAUGAAUCAUACUAUUCCAACAUUAACAAAUACAUUUCCUUGUUUAUUAUGUGGUCAAAUAUUUCAUGGUCAUACAGAAUUAUGCAUGCAUGUAUAUGCACAUUUAUUAGCAUUCAAUAUACAAGAAUCCAAAAAAUCCAAUCCUAUAGAAGAUCAUUUGAGAUUAUUACAUGGUGAAACAAAUCCAUUUCAAAAUAAUAGAUCAAAUGGUUUAUUAACUGGAUCUAAAAAUGAUCAUUCAUUUAUGCCUUCCUUUUUUCCACCCCCACCAUCACAACUAUCUAGAUCUGCUUUGACAACAACAACAACAACACCAACAACAAUCAAUGCUUCAACUACUUUAUGUUCUGUAAAUUAUAAUAAUAAUAAUACACAAUCUCAUUCAAUAACUGAUGCAAAUCAUUCAUUUAAUCCUUCAGAUUUAUUUCAAUCAUAUUUAUCUCAAUGGUUUCGUAAUUUUUCUAGUCCUCAUUCAAAUAAUCAAUUAAAUGAUAUGAUCAAUCAUAAUCCUUCAUCAAAUCUACCAUGGAUAUCAUCAGAUACUUCAAUAAUGAAUAAAUCAAUGGAUUAUAAAACUUGGCAAAAUGUUUUAACAGCAGCUUAUUUAUAUUCAUUGAAAGAAACCACAACAACAGGAACAAUAGGAGGACAAACUCCAACGUCAAUGACAAAUCCUAAUUUUUUAACAUCUAUUCCUUUACAAAAUUCAUUACAUAGAAAUGAAAAUUCUAAUUAUUAUGAUAUAUUUUUUGGUUCAAAGCCUUACAUAACACCAUUUCCUCAAAGUUAACAAUGUAUAAAACUAUCAAAUACAAUAACUAUAAAUACAUAUAUAAAUACCUACCUUUAUUUAAUUUGUUCAUUUCAACUAUUCUCUUUUAUUCCAAUAUAGUUCUCUUUGAAUUUCUGCCCUCCCCCCCCUUUUUUUUUCGUCAGUGAUAAUAAUAAGCAAAGUAAAUGAAAUGUCGAUUAGACAUGUUUCAAUAAUCAAUAUUGAAAGUGG